UCUCGCAAUAACAAUACUGUAGGACUCAAUUAUCCCAUGAAAUACAGGCAUCGAGCCUGCGUCGAAACCCUCAGCACAUCAGCGUCGCAGCCGCAGUUCUCGCUGGGCAAUGAGCGACGGGCCAGUCAGAUCGGAGACAGCAGUCAAGCGCGGUCAGCCCAAGAGUCGCAAUGGUUGUAUCACAUGCAAGUCCAAGAGGAGAAAAUGUGACGAGACGAAGCCGGGCUGUCUCCGAUGUCGCUACUAUAAUAUCACCUGCGGCGGAUAUGACCAGGGUAUCAAAUGGAGGCCGGUGAAGAUGUCAAACCUCAUGCGCAAACGAACACAGAGCAACCAACCGGCCGACGCUGAGACGGAAGACACCUCUCAAAGAACGCAGACGGUGCAUUCGAGCGAUAACAAUGACGCCACCGCCGUCGAUACGGAUGUAAGCGUUCAGGACACAGCAGUGAUUCUUCAAGAUCUCAGGUCACAACGGGGAUCGGAACCUUUCGCGUGGGACUCAUCGUUCAUAUCAUCGUCUUUAGACUUCGGGCACAUUGGGGUACCACCGUUGGGCGAUGGGACAUCAAGCCACAAUGAUGUCUUUGCUGGCGACGUAUUCGACGACCUUAUCCUAGAUGAUUUCAAUCAGGCACAGUUCGAUGCGGACGCACUGGCGAACCUAUCUUUUGGUCACUCGCCGAGAUCUAUCGACGCUGGAUUCCUUCUUCCCGAAACUCCAAAGGCCUCCACCCCUAGUAAACAUGGCACAUAUCAAGUUGAUGCACUUUUUCUGCCUUUUGCUGCUUCGUCGACAGAGUAUUCUGGGAGGGGUGAGCAGCGCAGCAAUGAUCAUGAUGAAACACUCAGAUCAGCCGUUAAUGUCAACGGCAGAGAAUCGGAAUCGCUCAGGCAAAGUACCCCAGUCUUCGAUUCUCAGCCUCAGGGAAAUCCUCCCGAUCUUCGCCCUUCAGCGCCGAAUUUUCGUGCGACGGCCUCGAAUGCCUCUCCACAGCGACAUGAAACACCGGAUGACACUCCGGAAGCGAUCGAGACCCUCUUCAACGUCCAUACUUGCCGAAUCCUCUCGAUCCAGACCGAUGUAUCCAAGAGUCCGUGGCGAACACUUAUCUGGCCACUUUCUCAUGGCUGCCCUGUUCUCUAUCAUGCACUCGCGGCAAUGGCCAGCUUUCAUAUUUCCCUACAUGAUUCCCGCUUUCGCUCUCAAGCCUGUCGGCAUUUUCAGUGCAGCACCCAGCUGCUUGCCGCCUCUACUGAUGACAACAAUAUGCCUCUGGAAACGGCAAUUACGACGAGGCUAGCUCUAGGCUUUGCUCAUGCCUGGGACCCUCAGAUAUCCUCCGGCGGCAUUGAGCACAUCGAUGCUGCCCGGGCACUCCUUCGGCGAGCCGUCUCUCAAAGUCAGACCUCACAAUUGAGUCCUGGUAAAUCGAAAAUCUUGAACGUCCUCGCACAAACAUGGGUAUACAUCGAUGUUAUGGCUCGCAUUUGUUGUUCUGGACAUACAGGCUCUGUGGAUGAGGAGCUGAUAUCUUCUUGCAGCAUGCUAAGCCCGGUUCCCCCAGAAGAGAACGUCGACUCGCUCUUGGGUUGCUCAAGUACAUUAUUUCCGCUGCUCAGCCGCUUAGCUGAUCUUGUCGGUCGCGCUCGAAGGGUCAAUGACAAGUUGAAUUCGCUGGACAAUAUUUCCAGAGCGACCGAUCUGAAAGUGGCAAUCGAACGCUGGACUCCUCCCAUCGACGUCGAAGCUUCAGAGGAUAAGUCGCGCAUUGUAGACAUGAUCCAAACGGCCGAAGCCUACAGAUGGGCAGCAAUCCUCCUUCUGCGUCAAACCGUCCCCGAGGUGCCUUGGGCACAUUCACAGCUCGAGCUAGCACAAAAGACACUGGUCUAUCUUGCCACAAUUCCUCGUGAUUCUCCAACCACUGUUGUGCACGCCUUUCCUCUCAUGGUGGCGGGGGUCGAAGCCAUUCAGGAGGAAAACAGGGACUGGAUCCGUCGACGGUGGAAGCAAAUGUCAAAAGCCUUCAACAUGGUCGUCGCUGAACGAUGCCAGAAAUUGAUAGAAGAAGUGUGGCGAAGGAGGGACGACUUUGAAGAGCGCCAUGGUGUCCGUUGUGUUGGCGGAACGCAACAGGCCUCUUCUUCCUCAAAUGAACCUGUCCCAUCCCAGGGAGACUUGGGCAACCCUAUCUCCGGGACAGAUCUUAAGAAUCGAACUGAGGCAAGCCUCAGCCUUCGUUCGAUAUCGCCCAACUUUCCUGAUUCCCUGGCAUUCAAAAAGGGAAUUGACCCUGUGACAAGAGCUGGCUACACCGAGUAUACAGUGCGAGGUCGUUUGCAUUUCCUGGAAAUCAUGAAGGAAUGGCAAUGGCAAGUAAUGCUUGCUUGAUAUUGACUGUACGCUUAUCUCUCAUCCUGGACCUUCUUUUAGCCCGGCUUGGACACCCCCUUUCCCAUCGGCUUGGUUACGUGACUACUCCACAAGGAAUUGCGGCUCAUGCCAACCGCCAGACGCCGGGAAAUAGGCCAGGGCCAUGGGAUGAGGAGGAUUCAUAUCUUUGACAGGCGUGCUCAGUGGCCACUAAGGUUCAGCACACUUCAUUGUCAUGAUAUAUAUGAGAACCGAUAUGGUGUUGGAGACGCGGAAGGUAAGAGCUCGUAGUUGCUUUGUGCGGACCCGUCGUGGCUGUGAUGAGCUUCUCGCCCUUACUCCAACAGGGGACCAUGUGUGCACUGGUUUAUAUUUUAUAUGUCUUGUUCCUCGCGAGAGGAUUGUAAACCCUCAUGUCGAGUUGACGUGAAUACAGUGAGAUACCUCUUGUCUAAG